AUGGACAUCCCAGUCCCUCUGGAAGCGUCUAUAAAUUUCCAGGAUGGAAACCUGGGCUUCCCUGUGCCCCUACUCCUAUCACAAAGAGAUUCUGACUUCAGCAAGAUCGGCCCCGGGUCUUGCGGGCUGCUGGCACUGGCUCUCUGCUCGCUGGCUCUCAGCCUGCUCGCCCACUUUCGGACCGCCGAGCUGCAGGCCCGGGUGCUGCGCCUGGAAGCGGAGCGUGGAGAGCAGCAAAUGGAGCCGGCUAUUUUGGGACAAGUCAACCAACUGCUGGAUGAGAAAUGGAAGCUCCACUCUCGCAGACGCCGGGAAGCCCUGAAGAUGUCCCCAGGGUGUCACUGCCCUCCAGGGCCUCCAGGUCCCACUGGAAGACCUGGCCUCCCAGGGGACAAAGGCGCCAUUGGGAUGCCUGGACGUGUGGGAGUAAAGGGCCAACCAGGCGAGAAGGGGGCCCCAGGAGAUGCCGGGAUGUCCAUCAUCGGUCCCCGAGGUCCCCCUGGUCAGCCGGGCACUCGAGGUUUUCCUGGAUUUCCGGGUCCCAUUGGGCUAGAUGGCAAACCGGGCCACCCCGGACCAAAAGGGGAAAUGGGCCUGACAGGUCCCCGAGGACAGCCGGGACCUCAAGGACAAAAAGGAGAAAAGGGUCAGUGUGGAGAGUACCCACACCGGGAGCACCUAAGCAGCACUCUAGCAGCUCUGCGCUCCAACCAGAUAAUUACCCUAAAGCUGCUGCCUCUCCUCAAUUCAGUGCGACUGGCUCCACCCCCAGUCAUAAAAAGGCGAACCUUCCAGGGUGAACAGGGCCAGGCCGGCAUCCAGGGCCCACCGGGGCCACCAGGUCCCCCUGGACCGAGUGGACCUCUGGGGCCCCCAGGACUUCCAGGGCCCAUGGGGCCACCCGGCUUUCCUGGGCCUCCUGGACCAAAGGGAGACCCGGGGAUCCAGGGCUACCAUGGCCGGAAGGGAGAACGGGGCAUGCCAGGGAUGCCGGGCAAACAGGGAGCGAAGGGGGCUCCUGGAAUCGCCGUGGCUGGGAUGAAGGGUGAGCCGGGGACCCCAGGAACCAAGGGGGAUAAGGGGGCUGCAGGCUCCCCUGGGCUACUCGGCCUCCUGGGGCAGAAGGGAGAGAAAGGAGAUGCUGGCAACUCCAUUGGAGGAGGCAGAGGGGAGCCCGGUCCACCAGGGCUCCCAGGGCCCCCGGGGCCAAAGGGAGAAGCUGGUGUUGAUGGCCAGGCCGGCCCCCCAGGACAGCAGGGAGACAAGGGAGAGCCUGGAACAACUGGAGAACAGGGACCAGCUGGCCCCAAGGGCUCCAAGGGAGAACCAGGGAAAGGAGAGAUGGUGGAUUACAAUGCAAACAUCAACGAGGCUCUCCAGGAGAUCCGGACGCUGGCCUUGAUCGGUCCCCCUGGUCUUCCCGGGCAAAUCGGCCCACCUGGAGCUCCAGGGAUCCCAGGCCAGAAGGGGGAGAUUGGACUGCCAGGCCCUCCAGGACACGAUGGGGAAAAGGGACCUCGAGGCAAACCAGGAGACAUGGGCCCUCCUGGCCCUCAAGGCCCCCCAGGAAAGCCUGGGCCUGCGGGAAUAAAGGGAGAAGACGGACACCCAGGGAGCCUGGGAGAAAAGGGAGAGAAAGGGGAGUCGGGACAGGCGGGCCCACCGGGUCUAGAUGGCCCAACUGGGGAGAAAGGAGAACCAGGUGGCCAAGGGAGACCCGGAGCAACAGGAUUGCCUGGCCCAAUCGGGCUCCCGGGAUUUACAGGAGAAAAAGGAGAACCCGGGGAGAAGGGUGACCCAGGAGUAGAGGUUCCUGGGCUGCCAGGGCCAGAGGGGCCUCCUGGAACUCCGGGCCUCCAAGGUAUUCCUGGACCAAAGGGGGAAGCAGGACAAGAUGGAGCAAAAGGAGAGAAGGGUGUCCAAGGAGAAAAAGGAGACCGAGGUCCUUUGGGAUUACCCGGAGCUUCAGGUUUGGACGGCAGGCCUGGGCCACCGGGUACUCCAGGACCAAUUGGAGUUCCAGGCCCUGCGGGACCAAAGGGCGAGAGGGGCAGCAAAGGUGACCCUGGGAUGACAGGACCAACGGGAGCAGCUGGGCUUCCUGGUUUGCAUGGACCACCCGGGGACAAAGGAAACCGGGGGGAGAGGGGGAAGAAAGGCUCUAGAGGGCCUAAAGGGGAUAAGGGAGACCAAGGAGCGCCUGGAUUAGAUGCCCCCUGUCCAUUGGGCGAAGACGGCUUACCAGUCCAGGGCUGCUGGAACAAGAUGCCCCUCCGAGAGGCACGAGGUCCCUUUGAGAUUGGAGAGGAUGGCACACUCCAGCAAGGCCACCCUGUCCUCUACUAUCAGCCAUUCAGCACAACCGACCUCCUCAACUGGAAGCAGCACACCCCACCCUAUUCGGAGAAACCCCAGGCGAUGAUUGACCUGCUCGAGUCCAUCUUCCAAACUCAUUAG